GAGCCUGGGAACAAAAUUUUGCUCAUUUAAGGCCUGGGCAGCGUUAAAGAAGGAUUAUUCAAUAUAAUAAAUAUCAGUUAUUUAUAAUAGCUUAAUUUCUUUCAAAAUGAACAGUUCAAAUAUAUUGAUGUUUGGCAUUUUGAUAUUUCUUAUGACUGUAAUAAGCGUACAGUCUUUAAAAUGUUACGUGUGUUCGAGCUGCAACGAGCCUUUCGAUAAAAAAGACAGCGAUGUCUCAAUAGAAUCGUGUGCGGGAUCAUGUCUGAAGGGCGAUUAUGGGGGUGUUGUUGCCAGAGCCUGUUCAGAUUACAAUUUAGGCGACGUGUGUGCAGAUGUGAGCGGAACUCAUUCAUGUUCGUGUACGUCUGAUUUGUGUAACAGUGCGUCUGGAGUCAGUGUCUCAUUUCCUGUCGUCUGCAUAUCAGCUAUCAUCUUGUUUCUACGGGUGUUCUAAACGAACAGGCGAUUUACAUACAAAAUAAUAUCCUGUUAGUAUUGUUGAAGGAUUUUGUCCUAUCAGGUGUGUCUUCUUUUCAUGUACUUUUAAUCUUUUAUGAUACAACUAGGACAUUCGAGAAGAAAGUGUUUGUCAUAUAUGUUACCUAUAGCAACAUAUUUCAAAGCAUGACUGUUUUUACUGUCGAAACAAAUCGUUUUUGACAUAAUAUAUAUCAUUAAUAAAACUUAUAAAUGUG